AUGACUAAAAAGAAUAACGGUAGCUCCCGUCUUAAGGUAACAACGGCAUGCCAAAAUUGCCAAAGACGAAAAAUUAAGUGUUCAGGUGAAAUUCCCUGUUCGUACUGUCUAAAGGUUGAACGACCUUGUGAGCCUGGUAAACCAGGUAAAAAAAGAGGCCCUCCUCCAGGACAAGAAGUAAUAAGAAGUCGUUCUGGCCGUAUGGAAACCGUAUAUUAUAGUGCCAUUAAAGACCCUCAAUUAAAAGAAAAGCUACGACACCUUUAUGACGAGAUUCCUAAUAUGGAACUUACGUCAAAUAUCGUAAUCUUACCUAAUGUUGUAAUUUCUUCAAGUACGGCGUUGUCUCCUCUCGUCGAUCCUCAAAACGAUUCCGCCGAUGUUGCGGUCUCUUACGAUGCUGGCCUUUCGAACACUACCACGAAAACAUCUUCUAUUCCCAACGUUGACUUUUCCAAUCCCACUGAAAUUCCUUCCAACUCCGAUGAAAUUUCUUCUGAUUCCGCUGAUUUUCCUUAUCAACCGAUUCUUAUACCCAUGGAUAUUUCGGUUUCUUCUAAUCCCUCUGGAAAUUCUUCUGACGUGGCUGAAGUUUUGUCUACUCUAGAAGUUUCCACUGAACAUGAAGAGUCCACUAUACCUGAAGUUCCCUCUAUCUCGGUUGAGGUUUCCUCAAUACCUGAGAUACCUGAAGCUCCCUCUAUCCCGGUUGAAGUUUCCUUGAUACCUGAGAUACCUGAAGUUCCCUCUAUCCCGGUUGAAGUUUCCUCAAUACCUGAGAUACCUGAAGCUCCCUCUAUCCCGGUUGAAGUUUCCUCAAUACCUGAGAUACCUGAAGCUCCCUCUAUCCCGGUUGAAGUUUCCUUGAUACCUGAGAUACCUGAAGUUCCCUCUAUCCCGGUUGAAGUUUCCUUGAUACCCGAGAUACCUGAAGUUCCUUCUAUACCGGUUGAGAUUUCCUUGAUACCUGAGAUAUCUGAAGCUCCCUCUAUACCGGUUGAGGAUUCCUUGAUACCCGAUACACCUGAAGUUCCUUCUAUACCGGUUGAGGUUUCUUUGAUACCUGUGAUACCUGAAGUUCCUUCUAUACCGGUUGAGGUUUCCUUAAUAUCUGAGAUACCUGAAGUUUCAUCUAUCCCGGUUGAAGUUUCCUCGCUACCUAAUAACGUUUCUUCUAACCCUGUUGAAAUUCCCUCUAAUACCGUUGAAGUCUCUAAAACCAUUGAGACCACUUCUAAUCGCGUUGAAGUAACCUCUGACCCCCUUAAUAUUUCCUCUGAUCCUGUAAAAGUUUCCUCUAAUCCGCCCAAAGCUUCCUCAAUUUCUUUGAGACUCACGAAAACUUCUUCUGGCUCCUCGAAAGCUUCUUCAAGGUCCAAAAUAACAUCUAAAUCUAAAUAUAAAAGACCUACCAUAUCUUAUAUAUCCAUACCUUUUAAACCCAUCGCUUAUAAACCAAACGCAAUGACACCCAUUGCAAUUCCUUUUAAUCCCGUCGGAAUUUCUUCUGAUACCUCGGGAAGAUUUUAUAAUUCUAUUAACCCCACCGGAAUUUCUUCGAAUCACAAUGGAUCUUCUUUUUAUAAACCCACUGGAAUUUCUUUUGGUCCUACUUUUGAUCCCGCUAGAUUUUCUUCUGAAACCUUCGUGGUUCCUUCUGAAACCACCACAAUUUCUUCUAGUCACAAUGGAGUUUUUCCUAGCCCCGAUGAAGUUUCUUCUAGCACCGUUGUUUCUUCAGGUUCCGCCAGACUUCCUUCUACCAUUGACAAAGUUUCUUCUAGUUCAAGAUCAUCAGGUAAUACUGGAAAUCCUGAAGUCGAAACUGAAAUACAGAAUCUUGCAAAGGGAAAAUUAACAGAAGAAUUAGAAGGCGAAGGGCAAAAUACUGACAAAAUUCAAGCAAGUAAUGACCUAUUAAGUAGUUCGAAGGACACUUCAGAUAAAAAUUUUGCAACACGGAGACUUAGAAAAAUACAGCCAAAACCUCCUCAUGAUAGAGAGAGGUGGGCUACGAAAGCCACAGCAUCACAACCGAUGAAAGUUUCGGAACAACAAGUAAAGGAACAUCAACAUCAGCAUCCGGAAGUUUUCGUUCAAGGCUCUGAAAAUGAGAAUAAAAAUAAUAUUGAUCAUCUUCGCUUACCAGCAAUACAGAAAUUGGGUGCGUUUGAGGAUAAUCCUCCAGGCUUUGAUAAAAAAAACUUGCGAUUACCAACCAUUCAGGAAUUGGGUGUCUUCGAUGACGGACCUCCCCUGUUUCGGCCGAUUGCAACUUAUCCAAUUAGUAUGAAAGCGAGGCAAGAACUUUUUGAGAAUACGCAAUUUUCACAGAUAAGGGAUAGUAGGGAUACUGCUCCUUCAAAUUAUGCAACAAACGAAAGCCAAUCGAAUGUAUGGACGAAAGUACCACGACCAACCUCACCAUUACCAUCCAAAACAUCACUAUCAACAACAUCAUCUUCAACAUCUUCACAGAUAACCUCAACACCACAAGUUGGAACAGCUACAUCAUUACCGGAGUCUUCAUUUUCAAAGUCAAAUGUCACCUCAACCGGAUCUUCGGGAAGAAUGUUCACAACGUCAACGAAACCAAAAACGACAGAAUCAACUUUACAAAGAGGCACUAUAACGUUGCCUCCACUAGUACCAACGGUAUCAUAUCCUGAUUACUCAAAGCCUGCAAAAGUUUCAUCGGAACUUCAUUUUUCAAAGGCUAAAAAAGUCAUACCUCCACUACAAUCUGGUUUGAAUGCGUCAUUGAAUCAAUCCAUAAUUCCAUCGAUGCAAACACCAAAUGAAUCUAUUAAUUUUAAGGAUGACUUUAUUACAAGUGUCAAACCAAAUGAAUAUAUUACCGCUUGUGAUGAAAGUUUAUGUACUGAAAAAGACGCUAGUGUAGUUAUAGCACAUGAUUUAACGCAAGAGAGCACAUUAACCGAGAAGCUUGCAACGGAGCAAGGUUCCUCGAAAUCAGCUCGUAAAUCUUCACCUAAAAUAUUAAAUACAAAAAUACCUUCUUCGGUAUCAAUAUCAAAAUCUACGAUUCCAUCAUCAGAAUCUGAUUCAGAGAGUGAUCAUCUUCCAAUGCAAAUAACAGUUGAAGAAGAGAUUGAAGAAGAUAUCGACGAAUUGAUGGCUGAUAUACCUGAAGAAGUUAUAAGUAUCAGGGAUAGGAAGAAAAGAUACCGAGAACAAAAGAACGAAUUUUCUACUGUCAUUUCAUCUACAUAUAGUAUAAAGAGAGCAAAGAAGGAAAAGAGGGAAAAGGAAAAGAGGGAAAGAACCAAUGAUGAGGAAGAAGUUGCCCCUCGAAGAGCUCGUCCGAUCAACGAUAGAGCCUAUCUAAAGCCAACGAGGAGAAUUACUCGAAAUGCUGCUCGAGAGAAAAUGAAUCCGUGUCCAAAAGAAAAAUCUCAAUGGGUGAGACGUGCGCAAGAUGGAUUUAGUGCAUUACAACCAUUACAACCACCCAUUAAGAAAAAAAGAAUUUAA